AUGCCCGACAAUACCAACGACAAUAUCGAGGAAGGCAUGCAGGUGUACCGACCGGGAGGAUUUCACCCUGUUCAUAUCAACGACGUCUUCAAAGACCGGUGCAAGGUCCUGAAUAAGAUUGGAUAUGGUGUCUAUUCGACAGUCUGGCUUGUCAGAGACCUACAGCCGGUACAACCUGGCAUUGAAAAUGAGUUCCGAGCUCUGAAAGUGCUCAGCGCCGAGUGCUAUGAUGGCACGCAAGCCCCCAUUUUCGAACGAGAGAUCUUGACUCAUCUCCGGAAUGGGGACCGCAAUCAGCUGGGUUACAACCACGUCUGCCAUCUGCUAGAUGACUUUGAGCACCACGGACCUAACGGAACUCACGUCUGCUUGGUUUUUGAGCUGAUGGGCGAAACGCUACGGAGCUUCGGCGCUUGGUUCAUCGAAAGUAGAUUUCCGAACUCGGUGAUGCGCAGGUUCACCAUCCAACUCCUACUGGCGCUUGAUUUUGCUUACGAACAUCAUGUUAUUCACACAGAAUCUGGUUAUCUGGCCGAGGUCGCCAUUCCCAAACAGAAUCGGUCCGAGGAACAGUACUCAGUCGUCCCCUCAAUCCCCUUACGCCGCUAUUACUUCAGCGAAACUGACAAUACGCGCGUUGCUGAAUUUGAUAUCGCCCUUGGAGACUGGGGCCCUGUAGCGCUUCGAUCUCCCGAAGUUCUGAUACAGGCGCCGUGGGACGCGAGCACCGACUGGUGGAACCUCGGGUGUGUCGUAUUCGAGGUCUUCCGGGCAAUUGUGGAUCUAUUCGGGCCAUUUCCUAAGGAGCUUUUAGGGAGAGGAAACAAGGACAUUGUUCAGGACAUAUUUGAUGAUAAUGGCCGGAUCAAGAACUCGCUGCCAAUGAAUCGGCCGGGGCUGGCAUCGGAAGCAUUCCUGCCAGGUCUCGACCAAGGCGUCAGGGAUGAGUUCGUCUCCUUUUUGCACGCGAUGAUGAAAAUCAAUCCUACUGAUCGAAUUUCCGCUGAGGACCUCUUGCGACACCCUUGGUUGGGUGCACUUCGGUAA